CCUGACUGUUUGGGCAACAGCUUGCCUUCCCUUUUUUACGCUGCGCGGCGGAAGGAAAAGCCGACGAGCCUUGACCGUUGGCGGCUCUGCAUCCCAAAUCAGACGCCUCCUCGCGCUCGGCAAGCGGAGCAGCCGAGGGCGCCGAGGCGGAGAGGGAGGGCGAGUAUGGUGAGGGCCCUCCACAGCUAUUCCUCCGUCAGGGACGUCGCCUACAGCUGUGGAUACUGUGGAUAUGCAUUAAACUUGAGCUCCACCACACGGAACACAGCAAACAUCGGGUCCAAGUAUGGCAAGCAGAUCAGGAAAGGUGUUGUCUCAUUCUUUGCAAUUGAUGAGAGCCGUUUUACACAAACCAAUGAGAUGAGGUGCAUGCCAUACUUCCAUUCAACCCGUUCAUGGGGCUUCUUCAGAAACAGGACGCGGUUGUUAUGCCGGAAGUGCAGUGGUUAUAUUGGUAGUGCUUAUGAAGAUGAGGAUUCCACCUCGUGCGAGGGCUCAGACGAUCUGGACAUGAGCUCCAAGGGCAGCAGCACAUCCACUCGGAAGAAAUAUGUUAUCAAGAUCAAUGCACUACAGCCCUCGUCGGACGAUGACUCUGCUGCUCUCUUCUCCCCGUGAUGGCAAUCUGAAUUAUGAACUGCAGCCAUGUGUGACUUUUCAAGUCUACUCAACUGCAAAUGGAGUAAAUGCAGAACCAAGAAUUGCUCAAUAUUGUCAAGACCUUUCAUAGAGGAAUUUGCUAUCUUUGUUCUGUUUCGGUCAUCUUCUUGCUCAUACUCCUAUAGCUCCUCCAUUUCCCUUCUGCAGCAGUGUAAGUGUAUAUCUUGACAGGGCCAGUGAAUUUUGAUUGUGUUAAUACUACUGUAAAAUGAUAGGGUUUUUGUGUCUCUUCUGUAACUUGCCUCCAGUGUAUUUUCAGUUUUCACUAUGCUCUUGAAGUUGUCUGCUGUUACAAUUUUUGAGACUUCUUGUAUCAGGUAUUCAGUUCGAUAUACAUUAUGUUAUUGUGUCUGUGAACGAGCAUGGGCGUGGCAUGCAAUUGUAGAUUUCAAAGGAAGAGUGUAACCAAUUUAUCGGAAUAUUGUAACCUGUCUUUUGAAUUUUGUCCA